AUGGACGUUGGCGAUUGUACAUCCACGUCUUCGGAUGUGUCGUCGGAGAUCAACGUGAAGCAGAGAUCGUCACAGGAAGUUGGAGAUGAGAAAACUCGACCGGACCCUGCUGCUGGACGAGAUCCAAGAAAAAGGCAACGAACCACAUUCUCACAAUCGCAGCUACGUAUACUUGAGGAAGCGUUUAGUCGACAACAGUAUCUGGUCGGAAGUGAACGUGUACGAUUAGCCGCUUUGCUGAAUAUCGGAGUAGCACAGGUGAAAGUCUGGUUUCAAAAUCGUCGUAUUCGUUGGCGACGAGAACAACGUGAACUGCUCAUGAAUCAAACAACAUUAUCACAAUCGAUACCGAUCGAAUCAUCGAUGACAUCAUCGAAUGAAAUGACGUCAUCCGCCGAGACGGUUCAAUCCUCAACUUCUGCAUUUACAGAACAUGAUCGUAAAGUCUAA